CUUCGAGUCUCUUCAAUCUGUAAUGACAGCAAGAUUGGCCGUGUUGACUCUGUUUGUCUAAUCUACGCAAUAUGGAGCAAUUCAAGAAACCUCAAAUUGUGGUUCGGCGAUGGCCGCCGUGACCAAACGCCGUAGUUAGCGCGGAAGCUUAGUCAUUUCACCGGUAUUUUACGCAUCUAUAAAUAUUCUCAACAUUCUAUUCUGCUCAUUCUAUUCCUUCUUUCCCCGCAGCUAUACCUUGUCACCUUUUCUUAUCACUGCAGAACCCAUGGCUUCCGUGAACGAUCUGACCUUCAAGGUAUGGGUCCAAUCGCUUUUGGAACCUGGAUAUCUUCUACUCUGGGCUAUGUCAUAUUAUGUUAAGGUCAAUCUGGAAGCUGUCUUCAAACGAGGCGAGAUCCUUGCUCCACUUCUCCAGUCCGGAAGACUUCGUGACGAGGCCUUUGGCCGAUUCUGGGUUACCUUUAGUUACACCAUCCAAUCCCAACCCCCAACAACCCAAACCGGAGUUCAGAAGUCCUCGGACCUGAUCCCGCCUGUGCUAGCGCAUGCAUCAGGUCUAGUCCUGGACGUCGGCCCGGGAACAGGAACCCAAAUGCCUCACUUACGCUCCCCCGCUAUCAAGGCAAUCUACGGCGCCGAGCCCUGCAACGGCCUUUACGCGGAACUACGCUCUAGGGCCAACGCUGAAGGCAUAGGCGAGAAUUACCACAUUCUCCCUUGUAGCGUCGUCGCCUCGGAACUUGUCCCCGCUCUCCAGAAAGAAGGCCUUCUACCUGCCGAAACAACCGCCAUCGAUCAAUCGACGGGUGUUUUCGACACCAUCAUCUGCGUCCGUGUACUCUGCUCCGUUCCCAAUCUGGAUCAGUCCGCUAGGGAUCUGUACUCUUUGCUUCGGCCCGGGGGAAAGAUUCUGGUCGCCGAACAUGUGGUUAAUCCGUGGCAGACGGCGAAGGGGUCCGUGAUUGCAAGGAUCAUGCAGGCUGUUUAUGGGCUCUUGGGCUGGAGCUGGUAUCUGGGGGAUUGCCGAAUGAAUCGGGAUACGGAGAAAGCGUUGAGGGGUGCUGCAGAAGGGGAUGGCGGGUGGGAGUCUGUGGAGGUAGAGAGGUGGUUUGAAAGCACCUGCAUGCCGUAUAUUGCUGGGGUUUUUGUUAAGAGAGGGUAGGUUUAUGCUAGUUAUGGGGAUCUUAUUUGGUAUUUAUGUUUAUGAAUUGGUGCUCGGUUGAGCCUAGCGACUUGUGUGGUUGUCUACCCUUUGCACAUACUCUUGAUAGGCGAGGUGCGCGGAGUUUGUCUGAUGAUUAUCUGUUUGGAACCGAGGU